AGAUUGGUAAUUGAACCAGGCUGAAAAAGUUGUCAAACAUCCUUCCUCCCACAUCCCCCUUAAAUUGCACCCCUCACCACACCAACCAAACCUUCGUUUAGACCUUUUUCGUUAGGAUACUUGAUGUUAGUUACACAACGAAGAAAAACUAAAUAACAACAUGGCGGCGCGUAAGGUUAGAAAAAGAAGUAGCAACGGUCUUGAUAACGCCGCUAAAACUGAAGAAGACCUCUCGGGUAAAGCUAAAGGAAACGGCGAAGAAAGCUUGUACUUUAAAAAAGGUUAUAAGAAUAUUUCAAACGUCACACCAAACAAAAGAGCUAAACUUACAAUCCACAAGAAUCACAUUAUGAAUCAACUUGGUAGGUUGUUUUACAUCAGACCUUGUGAAGAAUUGGCCCAAAAACUCUUAGGGAAAUUGCUUUAUCGCAUCCUUGAUAAUGGAGAAGUGUUAUGCGGAAGAAUAAUUGAGACAGAGGCUUACUUGGGUGUGGUUGAUAAAGCUUGCCAUGCUUAUGGUGGUAAGAAAACUGAACGGUGUGAACCACUGUACAUGGCUCCAGGAACAGCGUAUGUUUAUUUUAUAUAUGGAAUAUAUCAUUGUUUGAACAUCUCCAGUCAAGAGCCUGGUGCUUGUGUGUUAAUCAGAGCUUUGGAGCCGCUCCAAGGAUUAAGUUCUAUGAAAUCAUUCAGAGGGGUACGACGAAAGGAUGGAGGUAGCAAGCUGAAAGACUUUGAACUGGGCAACGGACCUUCCAAGCUCUGUCAGGCAUUUUGUAUUGAGAAGGCUAAUCUCAAUAAAGAAGACAUGGCAUUUUCCGAAAGAUUCUGGCUUGAGGAUGACAAAAAUUCUCAUGGAAGUCAACUUACAAUAGUGAAAUCAACAAGAAUAGGCUUAAAUUCCUGUGGACCUGAGUGGGCUCUGAAACCACUCAGGUUCUACAUAUUAGGAAAUAAGUGUGUAAGUGUUAGGGACAAGAAAGCUGAAUCAAAAAUCCUCCCUCAAACGUACUAAAGAAAAGUUUUAUUGCAUUUUAUCUUUCCCCAAUUUGCUGUUGAUCGAGGUGCUGGGCUCAGUUUUAAUACCAAACUUUUUCCACAGCUGAACCUAAUGCCUUGAAUUCACUCUUGGAGUGAAAGAGCUCAGCAGUUUCUGGGAUGAAGAAUAUUUGUUGAGAUUGCAUUAUGUACAAAGGAGUGACAUAAAGAGUAAACAUAGACUUAGGUGUAGUAGGUAUACUAGGCUCGUAUGAAAUAAAUUAUUGAGUGGAAAAAAAAAGAAAAUCAAAAAUUGUUCUGAGCUGACUAGUGUAUGCUAAAUUAUCCUUAAUCUUCUUCUCUGUAUCUAAAAAUAAUUGAUUAAAAAUGGACUCAGAAAGCCAGAUUUAAUUUGGCGGGACUGUAACCAUAUAGUCAU